AUUCAACUUGGACCGACUUUUUGAGAUGCUCGAGGCCGAACGAAACUGGAAACCAAAAAAAAUAACUCCUACCGCUUCUAAUUUAUCCUGUGCACUGUUCGUUUCGACUGGGCAAGCAAGCAACUUGAAUGAUAAGCCUGCGGAGACUGGAGAAUGGAAAGUACGUACUCUGUCGACACAUGGAGCGCGUCAGUCAAGUCCUAGGAGCGCCAACGCACAAAUCACAAAACGCCUCCCCGAUUGAUGAAUUCGGACCGUCCCCUGUUCAUGCUGCUCCUCUCCUCUAGCAAGGAUAAGCAGGGAUAGGACUGGGAAGUGAUCGGGGAACUCUCCUGGAUCGUACAAGUACACUACGGAGACGCGUGGAAAAAGCGGUUCAUGUAAUUAAUGAUUUGCCUUGGAUGCUGGCGGCGGUUGCAUCUUUGUUGUAAAAUCCGCAUGAAAAUCCAA